GCGCGGACGAUUGGGUUCACGGUGCUUACUUUGAUAACACAACCCACCCUGAGAUUUCAUCGCGACCUUGACUACUUUGUAAAGUCACAAAUCAGCAAAUCUAGGCUAUCAUCAGAUGCCGGACGGAGACUCAUUUCUCCCUCGGUAUGCGCCCAUCCAAUUUCGCAUGUAAUUAGCUUUUCGAGCCGCUCAAGCAUUCAGUCUGUUUUCUACGCCAUUUUUGAUGUCGUUCAUGGACCGAAGAUAGUCUAUCAAGUUCCGGAAGGGCUCAUCACUGUGUCCUCUCCUGCUUCAGCUACUGCAGCAGCCAAUCUCCCAUCCUCUCCCACUACGCCAGUCACGGACCAGUUCAAUGCAAGCCAGCACUUGCCUUCCCGAGCUUCGAGCUCUAUAGUCUCACCGAACAGUCUCAGUGUCUACUCUCCCUCCAAGCGACCGAUAUCUUCCAUCCGCCCGCUAUUCCACUUCGACGACAUAUCGAAAUUUGUUAUUCCCAAGAACCAGCUGCACGGUAGACUGAUCACUUGUUCGACCCGCAAGCAUAGUAUCAUUGGAUUCCCAGUUCAACUUUCCGGAGCAAAAUACAAGUAUGACGCUAGUAUCGUCGCUAUCUUGUUCGAUGUGACCUUUCCUCCAGUUGUCCGGAAAAUCAGCCGGGUGCUCACUGCAUGCGAGGAAGAAUCAGAAUUCUUGUCAUCUCCCGUCACCGCACCAGCCAUGCAUGCCAUCCUAGAGCAAUUGUAUGAAGACCUCAAUUCGUAUGCCGAGACGUCGAUACCGAUAGACCGCUUCAAUUCCAUCGAACUGAAGAUCUUUCCUUUCUAUCCAAAUCCACCGCCUGUUGAGGACUGGAUGGUUCCUUUGGCUCUUCUGAAUCUGAACAAGAAGAUUGAGGAUAAUUGGGAUCUGACCAUGAUCAAGGCAAAUGGUGUUAACCACGUCAGUCGCAUCGCCUAUCUUGCGGACUGUGACAUUUCCCUCACUCGAUUGGCGAUCUCGCAUCUUCUAUACUAUCAAGUGAUCAUGAUGAUCGACAUAUUCCAGUACUCGAAUAUGUAUACGCUUAGUAAGAACAUUGAAGCACUGGCGGUCGAGAAAGAUGUCCAAGACGAGUGUGGUCCAUAUGUUACCAGGCCAGGUGGUAGUUCCAUUCCUGAAUGGCCCAAGUUACUGCAUCUCUACUCAAGAUUGAAACCCGGAAAAACCGUCACACAGUGGAUGCAAAUCUACGAGAUACAUAAGCUUGGGAUUGAUGCCCGACGCUUCACUAGUUUUGGUGUGAUCAAAGUGCGCAUUGUCGACCAAGAUAUGUCUUCAUCUCUGAGCUCUGACCUGCAGGGAUUCCUUCGUCGGGUUCAUCGCUGGCCAGUCCUUCUGCCGGACACACGACCAUCGGAUGUGUCUCAGGCCGCAAACGAGGACACGGCAACUUCCACCGAACUUUCGCCUGCGCAAAGUCUCUUGGUCAGCCAGCAUCAAUCUCUUAGCCCAGACUCGAACAUUCCGUCCACUCUCACGCCCCGCCCUCCCCCGCCGAUCGCGACCCAAACUGGCCGCAGCCGACGAGCCAGCGCUGCCGAAAAGUCCUUGGAGCAAGUGCGCACGCGGGACUUGCACAAGGUGGGAUCCAGUCCCAAGCUGGCGUGGGCCCAACUCCCAAGCGAGAUCGAGCCGAAAACGCCUCCUAGCCCUGGUAAAACGCCCACGGCAGGGAGAUCUGAAUCGCGGCGCCCGUCGGUCAGCGCUCUGCCAGCGAACCCGCCGCCGUCCCCCAUUUUGGGCAAACUCACGAUACCAACACGUGACCGCGAAAGUGGCGCGGAAUGCCCCAAAGACCUGCCUUUGUUGCUUGAUGGCGAUCACCACACGGAUGAGCUGGGUGUCAAGUACGAAGCAGGCUGGCCGCUGCUGGAGCAGUGGCUGGCGGCAGUAGGAGGAGGCACUGGUCCCGGAGACUUUGGACGCGUCGUCAUCAUCUAUCGCUGA